AUGAAGCUGCCUGGUGCUGUCAAGCUGCUGAUCUCAUUCAAGGUGGAUUGGCCCUUUAACCCACUGGGAAAGUUCCUGGAGGGCUGCCAGGGGCCAGAAGCAAGCGUCACUGUGCCCCAGAACCUCCAGCACCAGCACAGGGCCCACUUGGCUCUGACCCAGGUGGUAAUGGAAGGGACAACACCUCAUCCUCUGACAGAAAAAUUGCCCUCCAAAGCUGUGAGCCCCCCUUCUCCCGGAUGCUUUCCGUCAGCAGACUUCCAAGCGUCUCACUUGACACGUUCAGAGAACCAGAGGGAAGUGAGUGGUAAGCCAACGCCCUUCAAUGCAGAAGAAUUCAAUGACGGCAAGCGAUGGAGCUGUUUCAGUGGGACCAGUGAAGAUUCGGGAAUAGAGGCAGCUUCUGUUGGAUCCCCUGGCCCGGAGGAACCCUUAUUCUCAGUUGGAUCCAAAGCUCAUAAUUAUGAGCCAGUGAGUCAGAAUGGCUCUCUGGGGCGUGAUAACUCUGUGGGAGAAGUCAACCCAGGCGGUACAGCUGAUCUGAACAGCCAGGACCAACCCAAACAACAGGCCUUGGGUGGAGAAUCCAAAUUUACUGUAUCAGCCAACCCACAAGAAGGACCUGAACAAUUGCCGACAAGAGUCAUAUAUUCUCCUUCCUCCUUCUCCUCCUGCCCUGCAGCCCCCGGUGAUGCUGUUGUGGACAAAGAUUCCCCUGAAUCGCCUUUUGAAGUCAUUGCUGACAAAUUGGAGUUUGAUAAAGAGUUCAAAGAUGCCCUCGCCAGCAACUCCAGUGACAUUGGUAGCAACUGGGUCAUGCACAGUGAACGGGAGCUGCUCACAGACAUCCCAGAAGAUAGCGUUUGCGAGUUUCGGGCCAAACCUCGCGGUGGGGGCAGAAUUCCACCAGGGCCCGGACUGUCACGCCAGUCUUCGGGCACGACGGCAGCACUGGAGGAAGUGUCCAAAUGUGUCCGUGAGAUGCACAACUUCACGAGCGAGAUGAUGAGCUGGGACUUGAUUCCGAAAGAUCUCGAGGAGAAGACUGCCAAUUCGCUGAGCUCAGAGCACCGAGCGCCGCUUACCAAAGAGGGAGCCAGCGGCGCAGGCAAGGCUGAAGCGGGUAGAACUUCCGCCCCUUACCAGCCUCUCAAGAUCAAUGCCCAUCAAAAAGAAACAACCCCUUCAGACUUGGGAAAGCAGCCGCCUCAAAAACGGAUGAAUGGAGAAACAGCAGCGGUGAAAGUCGCCCCUGUAGUGGAACUGAAGACUGAUGUCCGUUGGCCAAAUCCAGGCUCGCCUGAAACUGCUGACGGCGACAGCUCUGGUGAGUCAGACGACACUGUCAUUGAGGACAUUGUGGCAGAUUCAGCCUUCCGAGGGGAGAAGGGCACAGAGAGCAGUGGGCAGCCUCGGAGGCCAACCUCCGCACCAACGGCCUCUGUCAAAAAGGAAAAUGGAUCAGGCGAGCCCCGUAAGCCCGGCCAAGGAGCCGAAAAGCUGUCUAAGACUCCGGAGGGCAGUUGGGGAUUUAUCGAUGACUUUGAGACCAUCCAGAACAAAGCCGAUGUUUUUGGAGGAAGCUCAGUUGGCGCACCACAGUUCCCUAAACGGUGCACCUAA